ACAGAGACUGACCUGAGGAUAAAGGAAAUCAUGAAGAAACUAGACCAGCUGAUCCCCCCCAGACCUUUCCCCCACAUGAACACCACCACCAGUGCCACACACAGCACAAUCACCUUGCUCAACCCUCGAGACACCUACUGCACCGGGGAGCACCUAGACCUCCUGCUGGAGGCGAGGGACCACCUGGGGCGCAGGAAGGAGUAUGGUGGGGAUUUCCUGAGGGCCAGGAUGACUUCCCCCACCCUGAGGGCAGGUGCUUCAGGAGAGGUGAGCGACUUCCACAAUGGCAGCUACCUGGUUCGCUUCACUCUCUUCUGGGAGGGCCCGGUGUCUCUGUCCCUGCUGCUUAUCCACCCCAGCGAAGGGGUUUCGGCUCUCUGGAGGGCAAGAAAUCAAGGAUAUGACAAGAUUAUUUUCAAAGGCUCAUUUAGAAAUGGCACCUCCUAUGUCUUCACUGAAUGUGGCCUGGCCCUAAAUACAAGUGCUGAAUUGUGCCAAUACUUGGAUAACCAAGAAGCCUUCUACUGCACGAAGCCUGAGCACAUGCCCUGUGGCGCACUCACCCACAUGUCCACCAGGAAUCGAGACAUUUCUUAUCUUACCGCCAAGGAAAAAGAACUUUUAAGAAGGUCCAAUAUGGGUGUUGAAAUGAUGAAAGGAUUCAAACCCAUUGUUGUCUCCAGCUGCAACAAGAGUAAAACAAUAAAUGAAAAAUGCCAAAUCGGAAUGCAUAUUCCCGUUCCUGGUGGCUAUAUGUUAAAAGGAAGGUGGAUUACAACAUUCUGUCAACAGAUUCCGUUAAGUACAAUAAAGAUAAGUGACUGUCUCAAAGGAAAACUCAUUUACCUCCUGGGAGACUCUACUCUGCGCCAGUGGAUCAAUCACUUUCCCAAAAUUGUAAAAACAUUAAAAUUUUUCAAUCUUCAUGGAACUGGAAACUUUAUGAAAUACUUGCUUCUUGAUGAAGAAAAGCAUCUUCAGAUUCAGUGGAUGAAACAUAGCUAUCCUUUUGUUACUGUUCAACUUUACUCUGUGAUAGAGCAGGGUUAUAUCCCCAGGGAAAUUGACCAGAUACCAGGGGAUGAAAACACAGUCAUUGUUAUCACCCUCGGCCAGCACUUCAGACCCUUCCCCAUUGACGUUUUCAUCCGCAGGGUCAUCAACAUCCAAAAGGCUAUUGAAUUACUCUUUCUAAGAAGCCCGGCCACUAAAGUGAUCCUUAAGGCUGAGAACACCAGGGACAUGAAUGCAGACCCAGAGAAGUUUGGAGACUUCCAUGGCUACAUUCAAUAUCUGACUAUGAAGGACAUUUUCAAAGAUCUCAAUGUGGGUGUUAUUGAUGCCUGGGACAUGAGUAUUGCAUAUGAUUCUAAUAGCAUCCACCCACCUGAUGAUGUGAUUAACAAUCAGAUUACCCUGUUCUUAAACUACAUCUGCUAA